GCGGCGGCGGCGGCAGUAACGGCGGUACCGACGCACCACACGCUGUGCCGCGCGUGCUGACGGCGCCGCCACGCGGACGAUGGACCUCUUUGGUGUAGAAAGCAUGGAGCAUUGUCUCCUUAUUUUACCCCCGCCUUUUUCCACACUCUCCUUCUUUCCAGAGGUUAUCCGAUGCAAAUAAGCGACGAGAAAUGCCGACAACUACCGUCGGUCCAACCAUAACGGAUCUUUUCUCCGAAACUGCCUUUUUACACUGUUUUAGAUUGACCGAAAAAGAGUCCACCAAGUGCAAGUUGAGCAAAAUGUCUUCUGUACAAGUGGAUCGUCCUCCAAAAGUAGGUCAAAACAAUAAGAAGGAGAACGAGAAAUCGAGAAAAGUCUUCAAUCUCUCACACAAGAAGCACAACAAGCACGAUGACAAUCGCUAUUUCAAGUUCAGCAAUAGAAAACGACCCCAAAGCAGCUUUUGCAGCAAUGGAAAAUCCUUCCCUCCGUACAAACGUAGAAAGAAGGAAGGUGUCAUUAUCCCUCCUACGAAAUUUUUGCUGGGGGGCAACAUUUGUGAUCCCUUAAAUCUAAAUAGCAUGCAAGACGAGGAGGUCAAUCGAGCUAUGAAUGCAGUGACGCCAAAAUCAAGUCCACUUCCCACUCCGAAGCAUAAAAAAGAGAUUAUCGAAGUGAUUAUCCCUCCAAAUAUUUGUGAUCCCUUGAACUUGACAAAUUGCAACGAUAAUGAAGAGUACGAGAAGCAGCUCAUUUCGCCCACCAAGAGAAAUUCCAAACGAAGAAAUAGAAAGAGGAAGAGAGCUCUUUCUGCAUCUGGCAAAGACGAAGGGAAGUUGACUUGUGAAAAGAUGGAUCCCAACGAAGCGAAGAAACCGAGAGAAACUGAAGGAGACUGCGAAGCAGUUGAAUCUCCGAUGGAAAGACUUUCUGCUGAAAGAAUUUGCUUCGAAGAAGCGUCAAGUGCACAAAGUGAAAAUUGUCUAAAAGAAAGUAAGACGGACAGUCCACAGAAAGAUAAAAAUAGAUUACGAUUAAAGGGUUUGGAGGAAAUUAAGGAUAAAAGGUUGAGGAAAAUUGAUGCCAAGGAUAAAAUAGUGAGCCCAGUGAUUCCACAACCUGGCGCGUGGAAGCCCAGACCGCAACAUAGGCCCAGUCAGGAUAAGAAAAAGAAGCAGCAACACCCAAUGCCCAAUUUCAGGCCUAAAGAUGCUAGAUAUCAAUAUGGAAACUACAAUAGAUACUAUGGAUACAGAAAUCCUCAUAAUCAAGUAGAUCCUAGGUUAAAAAUGUUUGCACAGCGAAAGCUACUGUUCCUGGGAAAGGACAUUCUGGAUAUUGGAUGCAACAUUGGUCACAUUACUCUAUCGAUUGCCAGGGAUCUUGGUGCCAAGAGUGUUACAGGAAUUGAUAUUGAUAGGACUUUGAUAAAUAUUGCUCGGAAGAACGUGAAACACUAUGUUAAUUGCGUGCAAAGCCCCGCGAGCAGUGAGGAUAAUGACAAGAGGGACUCUUCGGACGCUAGCUUCUUUCCCAUGUCGAUGCCAAUUAGUUACGGGCCUGUAGACAUUCCAGGAUUUACAAAGAAUAAACAGCAUAAAGGAUUCCCAUAUAAUGUUACUUUUGUACAGGGUAAUUAUGUGCUUGAAAAUGAUUCACUUUUAUGCGCGGAACAUACGCAAUUUGAUACAAUCUUAUGUUUAUCCAUCACCAAGUGGAUUCACCUCAAUUUUGGCGAUGCCGGAUUAAAACAAGCUUUCAAACGUAUGCACGCGCAAUUACGCCCCGGUGGAGUUCUUGUGCUGGAACCACAGGGUUGGGCCAGCUAUACGAAGAAAAAGAAUCUUACGGAACGGAUUUAUAAAAAUUAUCACAGUAUUGAGUUUCGGCCGCAUAAUUUCACGCAGUAUCUUCUAUCUACUGUUGGUUUUUGCAAAUGCGAAGUCGUUUCUAUACCACCGCAUCCUUCCAAAGGAUUCCAACGACCUAUACAUCUCUUCACCAAGGAUAGCGGCCCUUCUUUCACUGUUACUGAACAAGUCGACGAUAACGUUAGUCGCCAAGAGAGAAUGACGAGAAGAGAUCGGGAAGAGAUCCGCGACAUGGAGAGAAUCAAAUACGAGCAGGAAUUGUUCCCGAAAGAAAAUAACAAUAGAGGUAAUAUGUCGGAGAUCAGUCAGCACAGUGGAGAUUUGAAUCAAUACGAGCAACUGGCAAACGUUUACGCGCCGAGUGCAACGCCGAGCUACGACACUCCAAGUCGCAAUAGCGAUAGUCAACCUUUGGAUAGUCAACCUUCGGAAAUCACGUCGAGGAUAAAGGAAGAAAAGGAAGAAAGUUCAUAAAUAACAAUGGGAGAGAAAAGAAAAAGGAGAGGAAGAAGAA